CCAGGAAAAGGGUCGAUUUGCGAUAAGAGACGGCCAGCUAUCAGUCUCCUUGGGCACUCUUAUAGUAGAGGAAAGUUCGUCAUAAUGUCGUUCAUAACUGGCGGUUUCUUUCAUUUAUAUCUUUACACUGUCGUCGAGGGAAAAUGGGUGUGCUUUCGGCCCCGACAUCACCUCAGAAUAUCCAUGUUUUGAAUUCCGUCAUUCUUACUGUUUCUAUUUUGAGCGCCCUUGGAGCAGGAUGGAUUAUUCUAAGCUUUUUGCUUUUCAAACCUUUGCGGAGUUUUCGACAUCAGUUGAUCUUAGGACUUGCAACAAGUGAUUUCUGGAUGGCUAUAAACUUUCUAUCCUCAUCUGCAGUGAACCUUUCAGGCCACAAUAUUGGCAAGCCCGAGAUGAAGACAUUUUGCAGCUUCAAUGGUUUCAGUAUCCAAGUUUUUGUGGUGCAAACCGAUUAUUGGGUUCUUACGAUUGCUGUUUGCACAUACUUAAUUCUGGCAAACCACAGGCAUCAGUCGAGUUGGAUCCAAGACCACAAAGCGGUAGUAUGGGGUCUCCCGUGGUUCUUGUCCAUUCUUUGGGCAGCAAUAGGACUUGGCAUCGUAGGCUAUGGCGAUAUUGGAGCUUGGUGUUGGUUCACCUCCGAUCGAAUUCGCCUCCUCGUCAACUUCAUCCCCCGCUGGCUAAUAAUCGUCACCAUCCUCGCUCUUUACAUCAGACUAUACUUCAUCAUCCACACGGCCCACAACCGAUUCAUGUCUUUCGACGAAGAUGGCAUUGGUAGUUUGCAGACGGGGUCCUCGGCUAUGAACAUGUCUUCAAGUGCUGAAGAGGAUUGUGAGCGUCGAGGACAAGUUGCACCGAGGAAUACCAGAAUAGGAAGAGCGUCGCCUGUUUUGAAGAGGGUAUCAUAUCAAAUGAUGACUUAUCCUCUUGUCUAUAUGUUAAUAUGGACGAUUCCCACAACAAUCAGGAUUUACCAAGCCACGACUGGCAAAUCGGCACCGUUCGCAAUUGGAACCGUUGAUAAGUCUUGCAUCGUUAUCCAAGGCUUUGCAGACGCCCUGGUUUAUGGCUUCAACGAAAAUACGUGGUUGCAGUGGCGUGGAGUCUUCAGGAGGGGGAAUUCUGGCAGCGAUGAGAAUAAAUAAUCUGGGCUUGGUGCUUUGCAUUCAACGCGUUUCAAUGAAGUGUGGCGGCUGCACACCUGUAUUAACUUAAAUGUUGGGUUCACAUCCAUGGGAGUUGGUAUCUGGUUUUCCGCGGGAAGGAGGCUGUUUACCGUUGGGGUGUGGCUACCGUCAAUCUUAGUUUGCUAUAUUUUGGAGCAUCGGAGUGUUUCGAACUCUUGCUCUGAUAAUACAUACUGACCGUGUUAUUAAUAACUUUGUCGCUUCAAAAGCUGAGAUAGA